AGCUGCCCCAAACUCCCCCAUGUGGCCCUCAGUUUGGAGUGCGGGGGAUUAAUUUGUUCGGGGUGGGAGGUAGAGAGCCGAUGGGCCCCGUGGGUUCCCGAUGUGGCGCUGAGGGGGGUGAGCCUUCCAUCUUCCACGCGUGGGCUUGCGUCCCCUCUUCGUUUCCACCCUCUUUGUCAGCUCGUCUUAAUACCCUUCCAUCUUUCUCACCGCCCCAGCUUUUGGAAUAUAUUUUUACCGCUGUCUUUAGCUUCACGGCGCCCAUACUGUAGUUUUGGGUACCCCAAACAAUUAUGAUGUUAUUUGGGAAGCUGGACAUGGAGGCCUCCAUAGGGUGUAUUCUGCCUAAGGGACGUCACUAGAGCAUUGGGGUAUUUGUUCACUCUUCUCAUAAUGGGAUAGGAAUUCCAAAUUUUUUCAUACCCUUCACCUGGACAGUCCCUAAAUUGUUUCGAAAACUGAUGUCAUGAACUGGAGACUGCCUCUUUUCCACCAUUCUUGAAAUGUAGCCACCUCCGGUGCAGGGUGUUGUGGAAAGAAGAACAGCACAGUAACAGGCUUUUUUUUGUUGUUGUUGUUACCGUUUUUGCUUUUUGAUUUACUCUGAUUUUUAGAGGUAGAAAUCCCUUUUUUUGUCUCCUUUUCCCACCCACCUUUCCACUCCCUAUAUCCUGCUUUGGGGAUAUCUGAUGUGACUUGCUGGGAGGUGUUGAGGGUCGGUGACAAUGAGCGUUACCAGAGAACUAAAACGUUUUGGCUCUGUAUCGUUUGAUAAAAGUGCUUUGAGAUCGUACACCAUUGUCCUUAAAGAUUAGACUAUCCCAGUGAUUGUUUCCGUUGUGAACGGGAAAUACUGCUGGCAUGUAAAUUCGUGCUGAAAGGCCCCAAAAUGUACUGUUUUAUUUUUGUUUUUUAAAGCUUCUCCUUGCUAAGUGUGUCCCAACUGGGGAGUACUUUUUUCUUACUAGAUUUAUGUUGAUGGGGAAGGGGAUGCAGGGGUCAUUUAAACAAAACAUCUCUAAAAAAAGUUGCUUCUUAAAGGCACCAAGCCUUACCCCACUCCAGUCGAACUUCAGAGUUUCUGAAUUGUUUCGCAAAUAGAUUGUAAGCUCCCUGAGGGCAGUAACCAAAUCAUACUGCUUUUGUAUUUCUUGAAGUACUGGACACAUAGUAGUUCUUCAAUAAAUAUUUGUUAUUUAUUUUUUUCAGUAAAAAUUUCUCUGGCUAUUUUUUUAAGUAGCUGGUUUUCAUAAAUUAGUCAAGGACGCUUCUGUUGAAACCUGUAUUUACUCUCACACUAUACCCUGUUCUCCAAUAAUUCUCACCGUAUUUCCCUUAAAUAUUUUUGUUCUGUAUGAAAGAGUUUUAAACAAGAUUCCUUGCCUCCACUGUGAUAACUCUGGGUAUAUGACUGCUUGCUACUAAAAGGCAACCAAUUCUGUACCUCCAAGUGCCCAUCCCAGAUCACUUGCUUUUAAUCUGAUUUUCAGUGUUGUUACCACCUAGGUGGUAAAAUUUUCUUAGUCACACAUUUCAAAGCACUUUAAGAGAGAAAUGGAAUUUAAUAGGAAGAUUAUCAGGAAGAUUUUUAUUUACUAGUCAAUUAUGUGGCUUUUGAGAUGACUUUUUAACAUAUUUACAUGUGAUUGGGUACAGUAUAUGUUGCUGUCCCUACAGUUUAUAUCUGCAUUAUAAUGCAUUCUCCAGAAUUGAAAUCACGUGGAGUAGAAAGCAGUCAAUAUUUGGGUUGAGUGGGAAAUGGCUAUUUCCAUAUUAGAAACUUAUAGGACUAAUUUUAAAGUAUAACAGUUUUUCUCCAGUCUUAAAAUUUUUCUCUUUUUGAUUCGGAUCCGGAAGUACUUAAACAACACUUUUUUUUUUUUUUGUAAAUUAAGUGUUGAAACUUGGUUAUAGCCUAGGAAAAGGGAUUAAUGUGUAGCAAUUAGUCUUGUACUAGCCUGAAAUAUUUACAGGCCUUUGUGUGCACAUAUAUGUAGGGGGAAGAGUUAAUGGUUAAAAAUUAGCCCUGAAAUUGUCUUAAAAAUCUUUCUUGGUGAUAGCGAAUGUAGCACUCUUAGUUUUUAAGGACCAUGUCAAAAACCAAAAAAAAAAAAAACCUACACAGUCUAUUGACUAAACUUGGUGAAGGAUUUAUCCAUAGGAAAGUCAGCUUUCUCUGUGACGUCCAAGGUGAAAUUCACUUUACUAACAGUUAAUCUUUGAAUAUUUCUUUGGAAGCCUUCCCUCUCUCUCCUUCAAAUCCAGCAGUGGCUUUUGGGCAAUCUAGAAUUGCCCUGUAUAAAGUUUCAUUUAGAAAAAAAUUAACUAUAGAGCAGAAAAGUAUAAAAUUGUCCUCUUUGGAAAGGAAUAAAACAAUGUAAAGUAAUCUCUUAUUUGAAGCACUUCAUCAUAUGACGAAUGUUUUCUUUGUUUACUAAAAGCAGCAGCUGAGAUUGCCUGAAAGAACUUGAAUUCAAUAGAAUUCUUGCCCAUUAGAAGUGUUAUAACAAAAACUAUGUUCUGGUUUUGGGAAGGUCCUGUGUGUUCUGUGUCUCUUUAAAGACUCAACUAAGUCAUCUUGCCAGCAGUAAUGUCUGAAGCUUAAAGGCCCUUUCUUCCAAAUAGAACUUUGUGAUAGAUGCUUUUGGUUGGGGACAGAUUUGGGAUUCUCUGUAUACUAAGGUGAGUGGUGGAGGGUAAUGUUAAUUCUGGUUUCUUGAAACAGUGGACUAGAAGACCAACAAAGGCAACCGCAAAAGCAGUUUGUUGAAAUUAUUGUCCAGGGAACUGAGAUCCUGGGCAAAGUCACUGGGGCUAAUACGUGCCCUGUUCAUGGCUAUUAAAAAAAAAAAAAAACCUGCAACAUGCUGAGGAGUAGGAACUUGGAAGAAGAGGCUAGACUUGAGUUUGUCCUUUCCCAAGCAGGGGGAGGUUACAUGCAAUUUAUGUAAAAGUCUCCUAAGGCAGAUAAGGCUGUUUCCUUGGGUAGAUUGAGUACAGUAUUUUAAGCUUUUUUUUUCUUGUAAUUUCUUUGGAGUAUAGACUGAUGCCCUUCCUGGAAGACUUUGUUUCUAGACUUUUCUAUUUUUCUGUCAAAGGGACUUCAGAUAUUUUCACCCAUAUAGAAGGCUUUUGAUUUAUUAACAUUGUUUUGCUUACUAGCAAGGUAAUAAAACUUUACAAAACCUGCUUAUGGGGACGAGGAAGCAAAUCUUGCCUAUAACUUAAAAAAACAAUAACUAUUACUAAAUCACGGUGAGCACUCAUGUACACUCUAUAUGUUUUUUAUACAAGCAUAGAGUAAUAGCCAUAGUUCUUAAGGAAUUUAUCCAGCAGCUAAACAUGUGUCUCAGGAACAGAUGAAUCUUUUUGGUUGCUCCUUUAAAGAAAUAAAAGUGCUUGGUGGUGAAGGUGCUGAUGAAAGAGGUUGAAAACAUAAUUUGCCCACAUUUAACACCUAAACUCUUUUUUUUAAUCUUUCAGUAUUCUACCUUGUAAAUACUGUUAUUUGUAUAUACUGUAAAUGAUGACAUCGGUGGGCACUAACCGAGCCCGGGGAAACUGGGAACAACCUCAAAACCAAAACCAGACACAGCACAAGCAGCGGCCACAGGCCACUGCGGAACAAAUUCGACUUGCACAGAUGAUUUCGGACCAUAACGAUGCGGAUUUUGAGGAAAAGGUGAAACAAUUGAUCGAUAUCACAGGCAAGAACCAAGAUGAAUGUGUGAUUGCUUUGCAUGACUGCAACGGAGAUGUCAACAGAGCCAUUAAUGUACUGCUGGAAGGAAACCCAGACACGCAUUCCUGGGAGAUGGUCGGGAAGAAGAAGGGAGUCUCAGGACAGAAGGAUGGUGCCCAGACGGAAUCCAAUGAGGAAGGCAAAGAAAAUCGAGACCGGGACAGAGACUAUAGUCGGCGACGUGGUGGGCCACCAAGACGGGGGAGAGGUGCCAGCCGUGGACGAGAGUUUCGGGGUCAGGAAAACGGAUUGGAUGGUACCAAGAGUGGCGGGCCUUCUGGAAGAGGCACAGAAAGAGGCAGAAGGGGCCGUGGCCGAGGCAGAGGUGGCUCUGGUAGGCGAGGAGGAAGGUUUUCUGCUCAAGGAAUGGGAACCUUUAAUCCAGCUGAUUAUGCAGAGCCAGCCAAUACUGAUGAUAAUUAUGGCAAUAGUAGUGGCAAUACGUGGAACAACACUGGCCACUUUGAACCAGAUGAUGGCACGAGUGCAUGGAGGACUACAACAGAAGAGUGGGGAACUGAAGAUUGGAAUGAAGACCUUUCUGAGACCAAGAUAUUCACUGCCUCUAAUGUGUCUUCGGUGCCUCUGCCCGCGGAGAAUGUGACAAUCACCGCUGGUCAGAGAAUCGACCUUGCCGUUCUCCUGGGAAAGACACCGAGUUCGAUAGAGAACGAUUCAUCUAAUCUGGAUCCAUCUCAGGCUCCUUCUCUGGCCCAGCCUCUGGUGUUCAGUAACUCGAAGCAGAGUGCCAUAUCACAGCCUGCGUCGGGGAACACGUUUUCUCAUCACAGCAUGGUGAGCAUGUUAGGGAAAGGAUUUGGUGACGUCGGCGAGGCUAAAGGUGGCAGCACCACGGGCUCCCAGUUCUUGGAGCAAUUCAAGACUGCUCAGGCCCUGGCUCAGCUGGCAGCUCAGCAUUCUCAAUCUGGAAGCACCACCACCUCCUCUUGGGACAUGGGCUCGACCACACAGUCCUCGUCGCUGGUGCAGUAUGAUUUGAAGAACCCAAAUGAUUCAACAGUGCAUAGCCCAUUUACAAAGCGCCAGGCCUUCACCCCAUCUUCAACUAUGAUGGAGGUGUUCCUUCAGGAGAAGCCAGCUGCAGUGGCUACCUCCACAGCUGCACCUCCACCCCCCUCUUCUCCUCUGCCAAGCAAAUCCACCUCGGCUCCACAGAUGUCUCCUGGAUCUUCAGAUAACCAGUCCUCCAGCCCACAGCCGGCUCAGCAAAAACUAAAACAGCAAAAGAAAAAAGCCUCCUUGACUUCUAAGAUUCCUGCUCUGGCUGUGGAGAUGCCUGGCUCAGCAGAUAUCUCAGGGCUAAACCUGCAGUUUGGGGCAUUGCAGUUUGGGUCAGAGCCUGUCCUUUCUGAUUAUGAGUCCACCCCCACCACGAGCGCCUCUUCGAGCCAGGCUCCAAGUAGCCUGUAUACCAGCACAGCCAGUGAAUCUUCAUCCACAAUUUCAUCUAACCAGAGUCAGGAGUCUGGUUACCAGAGCGGCCCAAUUCAGUCGACAACCUAUACCUCCCAAAAUAGUGCUCAGGGCCCGCUAUAUGAACAGAGAUCCACGCAGACUCGGCGGUACCCCAGCUCCAUUUCUUCAUCACCCCAAAAGGACCUGACUCAGGCAAAGAAUGGCUUCAGUUCUGUGCAGGCCACGCAGUUACAGACCACGCAAUCCGUUGAAGGUGCUACGGGCUCUGCAGUGAAAUCUGACUCGCCUUCCACUUCUAGCAUCCCUCCUCUCAAUGAAACGGUAUCUGCAGCUUCCUUACUGACGACAACCAAUCAGCACUCAUCCUCCUUGGGUGGCUUGAGCCAUAGUGAGGAGAUUCCAAAUACUACCACCACACAACAUAGCAGCACGUUAUCUACUCAGCAGAAUACCCUUUCCUCAUCAACAUCUUCUGGGCGCACUUCGACAUCCACUCUUUUGCACACAAGUGUGGAGAGUGAGGCGAAUCUCCAUUCUUCCUCCAGCACUUUCUCCACCACGUCCAGCACAGUCUCUGCACCUCCCCCAGUGGUCAGUGUCUCCUCCAGUCUCAAUAGUGGCAGUAGUCUGGGCCUCAGCCUAGGCAGCAACUCCACAGUCACAGCCUCGACUCGAAGCUCAGUUGCUACGACUUCAGGAAAAGCGCCUCCCAACCUCCCUCCUGGGGUCCCGCCGUUGUUGCCUAAUCCAUAUAUUAUGGCUCCCGGGCUGUUACAUGCCUACCCGCCACAAGUAUAUGGUUACGAUGACUUGCAGAUGCUUCAGACAAGAUUUCCUUUGGAUUACUACAGCAUCCCAUUCCCCACACCCACCACUCCGCUGACCGGGAGGGAUGGUAGCCUGGCCAGCAACCCUUAUUCUGGUGACCUCACAAAGUUCGGCCGUGGAGAUGCCUCCUCCCCAGCCCCGGCCACAACCUUGGCCCAACCCCAACAGAACCAGACGCAGACUCACCACACCACGCAGCAGACAUUCCUGAAUCCGGCGCUGCCUCCUGGCUACAGUUACACCAGCCUGCCAUACUACACAGGGGUCCCGGGCCUCCCCAGCACCUUCCAGUAUGGGCCUGCUGUGUUUCCUGUGGCUCCUACCUCUUCCAAGCAGCAUGGUGUGAAUGUCAGUGUGAAUGCAUCGGCCACUCCUUUCCAACAGCCAAGUGGAUAUGGGUCUCAUGGAUACAACACUGGUGUAUCAGUCACCUCCAGUAACACGGGCGUGCCAGAUAUCUCGGGUUCUGUGUACUCCAAAACCCAGCAGUCCUUUGAGAAACAAGGUUUUCAUUCCGGUACUCCUGCUGCCUCCUUCAACUUGCCUUCAGCCCUAGGAAGUGGGGGGCCCAUCAAUCCGGCCACAGCUGCUGCCUACCCACCUGCCCCCUUUAUGCACAUUCUGACCCCCCAUCAGCAGCCGCACUCCCAGAUCCUUCACCAUCACCUGCAGCAGGAUGGCCAGCUACCAUAUUUGCAGAUGAUUCUCUGUUGCCAGCGCCAGCAGGAGGAGCAGACGGGCAGCGGGCAACGUAGCCAGACCAGCUCCAUCCCGCAGAAGCCCCAGACCAACAAGUCUGCCUACAACAGCUACAGUUGGGGGCCAACUGAGGCCCUGGCCCUCCUCUUCUCCCGGCCCCAUCUUCUGAGAGGGCUCCUCAGCCUGGCUACUAUGGAAACAGCAUCAAAGAGAAAGGAAUGUGGGGGGGUUCCACCACCCCCCACCCCCAGCGGCCUACCCCAUGCCUCAGCUUUAUGUCUGUUCCAUUCCCAUACCAUCCCCACUCUGUUGUAUGUAUUAUAGGAUUUGUAUUUUUUCCUUUUGUUUUUUUUUUUUCCUCUCUUCCUUUCCUCUUCCUCCUCCCCCCUUGCAUUCAAGAUUAUGAAACUUUGCUGUGGGCCCUGCCCUUCCUUCUCCUCCUCCUGUUCACCCUGGUGGUGUUUGGGUGAGGUGGGAAGAGGGGGCCCCCAAAUAUAUAUCAGCCCAACAGCCCUAAGCCUCCUCCUUUAUUAUUAGGAAAACAAAACAACAAAAAAAUGGCGUCAUGAAUAUGAACAGCAUCGUCAGAUGAAUUAGUUGAAGUGUUUUUUUGUUUUUGUUUUUUUUUUUUUUGUACUGUGUCCUCAAAUUUAAUGGAUUAAUGUGUCUUGUAUAUAUAAAAAGAAAACCUCUACCUUCA